AUGAAAAGAUUGUUUCUUCUUGGGACGCUAACCAAACUUCUUUUCCACAGCUCCGUCAGCACCAUCCGCAAUCAGCGCUACCACAUCCACGCCAACCUGUCAUUCGCCAUCUUGGUGGCUCAGAUCUUGCUGCUUAUCAGUUUCCAUUUAAGUCCUGGAACAGGCAAGUUAAACAUGACAAAUGUUCACACUUUAAUUUUGAGCACCAUGAAUCUGAAGGCCUGUGAUGCAAAAUCCUCCCUUUGCAAAAUUCUCUGCUUUAUGUUCGUGUUGCUCCUCAGUUUGGAUUACUCCCGGGAGCUGAAGAGAUUUGUUUACCAGAAACGAGCAUCUUUUUUGAAAAUACCAGGAACUCUUCAACUGAUCCUUCUUGCCAAACUGCUGACAGAGGAGAAAGGGUCCCUAGUUCAUAGGCCAUUGAAAUCGCUUGCAAGCAGAGGGUUGGUGGUGCAUUUUUCCUUCAUCCUUUCCAGUUGCUGGGAUCCUGAUGUAGAAGAAGGUGCUUUUGUCAAGGAGAGUUUUGAUGAAUUGUGCUGGACGUUGACAGCAAAGAAGAAUUACAAGGCACACUGGAAUGGGAACAGUAUUGUAUCCCAUGAAGAUGCGUUCAAGCUUUGGUGUCUCUUUAAUUUCUUAUCUGAAGACAAGUACCCUCUUGUUAUGGUUCCAGAUGAGGUGGAGUAUCUCUUGAAGAAGAUCUGCAUGGCUCUGAAUAUUGAACUCAACAGUGGAGAGCUAGAUGACUACCUUUCCCAAGAGCCUCAGCAACAGAGUGGCUUGACAGUCUGGCAAUUCUUGGAUUUGGUUAAUUCAGGCCGGUUCUUGCGUGGGAUUGAACGAGAGGCUAUCAGUAUGGCUAUUGAAGAGGUCUACCAGGAAAUCAUUGGGGAUGUGCUCAAGCAGGGCUAUUUGUGGAAGAAAGGUAACCUGAGGAGGAAUUGGUCUGAACGAUGGUUUACCCUGAAACCAAGUGAUCUCUCUUACUAUGUGAGUGAGGAACGGAAGGAGAAAAAGGGGAGCAUUUCUUUGGACAGAAAUUCAUGUGUGGAGAUCUUGCCAGACAGGGAUGGAAAACGAUGUAUGUUUUGCGUGAAAACAGCUUCUCGGACGUACGAAAUGAGUGCCUCAGAUACCAGGCAGAGGCAGGAGUGGACCCUUGCCAUCCAAAUGGCAAUUCGCCUACAAACAGAAGGCAAGAAGUCUCUGCAUAAGGAUUUAAAACAGAAAAGGCGGGAACAACGAGAGCAACGAGAGCAGAAGAAGGCUGCCAAGGAAGAGGAGAUGCAGCACCUAAAGCAACUGCAAGAGGAAAAGGAACGUAAACUGCAAGAGCUGGAAUUGUUGAAGGAAGCCCAGCGGCAGGCAGAGCUUCUCCUGCAGGAGGAAGAGCAGCGGCGUAAGCAGCAGCAUGAGGAAAUGCAGAAGACACUAGAGAUACAACUGCAGGAAGCUGAACAGGCUCGUGCUUCCAUGCAAGCUGAAAUGGUUCUGAAAGAGGCAGAAGCAGAACGUCAACGCAAGCGCAUCACAGAACUGGAGGAGAUGCAGCAACGACUCCAAGAUGCCCUGCAGCAAGAGAUCAAAGCACGUCAGGAUGAAGAAUCUGUGCGAUGUGCUCAAGCCAGGCUGCUGACUGAAGAGGAAGAAAAGAUGAAGCAGUUAAUGAAGCUGAAGGAAGAGCAAGAGGAGUACAUCAUCAAGGCCCAGCAUGAAAAGCUAGUCCUCAAGCAAGAGAUGGAAAACAAGAGCAAGUUUUUGGAAGAGGCCCAAAAGCAGCUGGAAGAAGUGAGAGUGAACAGAGAGAGGAUGGACCAGGAUGUCAUGAAACUGAGGAAAGAGGGGGAAAUGGGCUCUAGGAAUCCCCCCUUGUCUCUAUGGACUUUUAUCGUAGAGAUUAGGAGAGCUCCCCAGGUCAUCACCCUGAAGUGA